UGAAACCGUCUCAUAAAGAUUAUAAUCUUUAGCCUAUUUGAUCUAAUCAGUGCCUUCGUCUACCUGCCACCUGCAAAAAAUCAAAUAACAAUACCCAUGAAGCAUUAAAGGGGUACUACUGACCUUUACCCGUGAAUAACAAUGGCACGCACUCUCGGUUAGGCAGCAAAUUUGACAGAAAGUCUUACUUUACCCCAUUAAUCAUGUCAGCUAUAAUUUGCAUGUACACCUGAUUAUGCUUGUAGAAAUAUGUGAUUAUGAGCCCAGGCUAAUGGUUUUGUAGGACAGCAGCACAUUGCUGACAUCCGCACCCAGCCUCCUGUUGCAUGAGCCUCGGUACUACGGAUGAUGUCAUCUUUGACCGAGAGGAGGAGGAGGAGACACGGGCGACUCCAGCGCCUGCAGCAAAGGCGUCAAGCCACCGCAGUGAUGGACAGCAUCACCGGAAACACAACAUGGCUGCCAUUCGAAAGAAGCUGGUGAUCGUGGGCGAUGGAGCGUGUGGGAAAACCUGUCUACUCAUUGUGUUCAGUAAAGACCAGUUUCCUGAAGUCUAUGUCCCCACUGUCUUUGAGAACUACAUUGCUGAUAUUGAGGUGGAUGGAAAGCAGGUGGAGUUGGCACUGUGGGACACAGCGGGCCAAGAGGACUAUGACAGACUCAGACCACUGUCGUACCCUGAUACUGACGUCAUCUUAAUGUGCUUCUCCAUCGAUAGCCCUGACAGUUUAGAAAAUAUUCCAGAAAAAUGGACACCAGAGGUGAAACACUUCUGUCCGAAUGUCCCUAUCAUCCUCGUUGGGAACAAGAAAGACUUGAGGAAUGACGAGCACACACGGAGGGAACUGGCCAAAAUGAAGCAGGAACCAGUGAAGCCAGAAGAAGGCAGAGAGAUGGCUACCCGGAUUGGAGCGGUGAACUGCUUGGAGUGCUCAGCUAAAACUAAGGAAGGAGUGAGAGAAGUCUUUGAGAUGGCCACAAGAGCAGCCCUUGAAGUCCGCAAGCGCAAGAAGAGAAAGGGCUGUGUGGUACUGUGAAGAGCCUUGGCCAUUCCAUACAUCAAGUCAACUAACCAAUAAGAAAAGGACUGUCCUUUUUACCAAAUGACAUAUUUGCUCUGUAUCUACACAGACUCAUGCAGGAAGCCAUUAUACAGGAAAUGGACAUUGUCUCCAAAUGUGCUUAGUUUAUGUUGAUUUUUUUUUUUUUAACUGUCUUUGCAAACAUUUUCUUUAUACUUGUAACAAGGCAGUGAUAGAUGCACAUAUUUGUUCUUCACAGGCUAGCUUCACACUAGAGGUCACGCUAGCUUUCACAUAUUCAUGCAUUUUGUCUUUUGAACAAUGUUUGUUUGUGUACAAGUUAAUGGAAAAAACAGUCUUUUCAGGUGCCUUCUCCUAAGUUUAUACAUCCUUGUGUGUUUUCAUAACUGCCAGCGAGCUAACAUUUCAAGCCACAUUGUACUGUAGCUCCACUGAUUACUGUUUUGUCACCUUGAAACCUGAGCAAAGCCAUAUGUUAGGCUUAUGAUACUGUUGACAAUAGUCCUGUGAGUUCAUCUUUGUUCCUCCAGCAUCAGUGUUUCCUUGACAUUUGCCAUGUUUAGUCUGCUCCUGAUAAAACUUGUUCUUUUGAGUACAACCGUAUCUUGUAACAAGUCCCAGCUCCACUUCAUAAAUUGUGUGUAGUGGACCCAGAUGGAAGGAUAAGAGUUGUCCAGUUGAGAGACAUAGCCAGAAUGACUCAACUAUGCACAAUGGUGGUUACAGAGUUGAGGCCUGGCAAAAUAUUCCUUGUUUAUUUAUUGCGAGUGACUGAGUUCAGCUCUUCUUUUGCCACAAUGAGUCGAGUGUCACACCCCCAGUUGGAAUCUGUUUUGCACGGGAACGGUCAGUCAUGGAAAUAAAGUUGUUACCCAUCGCUAUGUGGAUAUUUCUUGUCAGACAGCAUUCUUGAAAUACCUGAGAAGUCUAGUGGUACUGGAGUGUGUUUUUCCCAGUGCCUUCUCUGUCCUGUUGUGCCUUGGUGGACAGAUAGGCCAGGUGCUCACUUUGGAAAUUGGAGAUGACUUUUUUUUUUUUUUUUUUUCAAGCUAUACAUUAGUGAUGGGCUCAUAUACACAAGCUUAUUUUAAAGGUGCUAGGAUAGGAAUAAAAACUUCAUCCCACAUAAAAAGAUAGUAAACCUUAGCAUUUAUAAUAAUUGGAUUACUACUGCGCUUUAUCGGCUUCACAAAGGGCAACAGUAGGCCAUUAUCCAUUCAUGUUCUGGUAAGAUACAACUACAAAAAAUAAGCUGCCAUAGGCCUCUACAAUCCAUUAUUCACUCAUACCAGAUUCAUAUAUUGACUGGGUGAUAUGUUUUGUAAACACAACAGCCCUAUGCACAUCAGUUUAUUUAAUGGUCUUUUUAGUUCAGACAGUAUUAAAGAAACUGCAUUAACAUACUUAUAUGACAAUGUAUUUUGGUUUAUUGUACCUGCUACAUUGAUUUACUAGUGUGAUAUAAAUUAAGUACUAUCAGAGAGCAAUGAAGGGAUUUUGGAUUUACCAUUUACCUUUGGCACUUAGUUGUGUUUUUUUACUCAUCAAAACAAGUUUGACAAAUUCAUAGAAAUUGGAGGCCAGGAGAAAACAGGCCAUUGUAAAGGAACAUUAUGUGGAGCAGAACAACAUAUUGAUACAUAAUGAGCAUGCAUGUGUUUACUCCUGUGGUGUGGAAAAUACAAUGUGCCACAAUUAAACUUGACCUGAUGCUGAUAGUGGCGUCAGAAAGCAGGUUUGUGCUGUGCUCACACAAGCACCAAACCAUUACAUCUAAAUGGGAUCAUCUUCUCAGUGUUGUACAACUUUAUCCUCCGGAAGUAUUGAUAGAAAUGUAAGAGUCCAGAUUUAUAUAUAAAAAAAAAGAAGCUUAUUCUAAUAAUGCUUUGUAAACUGAAUAUGUUGUAGUGGUGGAUGUUUGAUCUGACAGGCACAUUGUUAAUAAAAUAUUUUUGAGACAAGUGA